GAAUGGCAACUGAUAUUUGUUUUCAGAUGAACCACGACCGGAGAGUGAAGCACCAGUCCAAGUUCAAUUCGUACAACAAUGUGCCUGAGGAUGUGAAUAACGACGGGGAUGAGACCGAGUCCAAUCAAACAUUGUUCGAUAACGAUGAUGAUCUCGACAUGAAAUCGCCAACAUUCGAAGAAACACAUUCUAAAAUGAUCUUGAAGGGGCCAUUCAGUCCUCUCGAAAUGAAGAUCCACGGCUGCUUGCGAACCACUAUCAACAAAUGCAUUUCAAUUGAAUCGGACUCCAUCAACUCAGUCCUCCUAGAUGAACAGCCAGACAACCCUCACGAUAGGAUGGUGGUGGCCGCACACGUGUCCCGUAGUGCGGGCGGACAGCGCCUGAAUCUGAGGCACACGACGGUCAUCCUCGAUUGCAAUGGCAUGUCUGCGUUGAUGUGUUUGCUGUUCUCGCCAGUCGUUGAGUUGAGAACUGACGAGAAAUUUUCCCGACUUACUGGUGCUAUUUGUGGUCUAGGAUAUGAUCCUCAAACAAAACAAUCAUACUUUCCGGAACAUGAUUUCGAAAUUGCGUUUGAUACAGUUUUCACAAUAAAACAGAUUGAACAAAUAAAUAAGUUUCGACUUGCGUUGAGCGGAUUUCUUGCUCCUCAUGGCGAAAGUAAUUACUUCAACAUGGAAUUUACCAAGACCCAGGCUGAUUUUCAAGAGAUGAUAGACGAAGCGUUCCAUCUGAUUGCAAAUCAGCCAAUUGAACGAGUAAAAGUAUGCAAUUCGUACAAAUGGGGCCAGAUUCCCGAGGAUCUCAUUAUGUUACCGGGUAAAGGUGAUACCUGGCAAAAUCCAUUAAUCUAUCAGCUCAUUUUUGGCAUAGAUCUCACUCCUCCACGCCAUAGCGAAUUCGAGAAAAUGCGUAACGAAUUCCAAAGAAAUAUAAACGAACUCGUAAAAAUCAAGGAUGGGUUGCAGACGUUCAAGCCAAUUAACUGUGAACUCUGCCAGGUCCCCAUAGAAAAUAUCCAGGUUUUGACAUUGCAUUUCAUGUCGAAGCAACAUGCUGAGCUAUCGAAAAGAUUCAAGUUGAAUAAUUCCGGUAACCAGUAAAAGGUAAAAGUGCCAUUAAAAGUGAAUGUGAGCAACUAAAGUGCAAGUGAAAGUUGAAGUGACAAUGAGAAGUUUCAACGAGAACCAUCAAGUGAAACCUCUAGAAACAGUGUGCAAAUUUUGUUAAUUUUCUUUCUGCUAAUUCAUCGAUUAUUCAUUGAAGUUGUCAUUAACAAACCAAAACCAUUCUACAGAGCAUUCCAUGCACACAUAUCACAGAUUUAUGUCUAGUUGAUUGUUAAUAUCUUGAAUUUGUUACCAACCUAGUCAAUUGGAUAUUUCUGUAUAAUCACCCAGGUUAAAUCACCAGUUUUAAUCAAAACUGGUUAUCAAAUCAUAAUUUUUAUCAUUUUAAUCUUACCACAGUUCAAUUUUAUAGUAACAAUUUGCAGUAACAGAUUACAGUACUAAAAUUUUAAUUAUCAAUCAGUGAUUAUGACAUCAGCCAGGAAAGGCUUCCCUAGGUACAACAUAUUUCAAAAUUGAAUCAAUAAUUUAUAUCUUUGCAAUACUUACUCUCUGCUCCAAUUUGACAUUUAGAAUAACUUCUAGUUAGUCACUAGUUUUUCACUGUCAACAAAGUCUUUCUUUAAUGUUUUGUGGUUUUUUCAUUUCUCUUGAUUUUAUGUAUUUUGUAUAACUACUUACAACUAAUGAUUGUAAUCGAUGCUUGGUGAUAAUGUGAACUUAGCCAAAAUGGGUGGUUUACUGGUAACAAAAUUUCUGUUCAUAUUAUUUUUUUACACUUAUCUUCUAUGUUUGAUAAAGACUAUCAACAUGAUUGCGAUUAUUACAUUUUAUUACUUUAGCGAAAGUGGGUGGUCCCAUGAUAACGAAAUUUCUGUUACUUUUACAUUCUUCUUACACUUAUGCACUAUGAGUAAUUGUUUUAAAAAUGUCAUAAUGAUAGUGAUAUUGAUUAGUGAUUGAUCUUUGGAUAGAGAAUGAUAGAUGGAUAUGAUGAUAUCAGUCGAAACAGGCUCCUGAUUUUUAUUAAUAAUUAUAAUUUUUCUGUUAAUUGAACUGUUAAUUUUUCAUUUUUAGUAAUUUUAUUUUUCCAAGACUUGUAGCCUAUUAUAAUAAAUGAUUAAAAAAUAAAAAAUUAAAAAAAUAUGUAUGAUAAAAAAUUAUGUUUAUAAUAAAUGAAGUACAUUGUAAUGAUUGUAAUAAUAAUGUUUGGUUCCACUCAGCGAAAAUGAAUGGUUCCCUGAUGAAGAAAUUUUGUUAAUUUUCCAUUCUUUUUACACUUAUGUACUAUGAAUAUUUUUUAAAGAAUAUCAUAAUAAUUGUUUUAUUGAUUAGUAUCUUUGGAUAGAGAAUGAUAGAUGGAUAUCAUGAUAUCAGUCAAAACAGGCUCCUGAUUUGUAUUAAUAAUUAUCAUUUUUCUGUUAAUUUUUCAUUUUUAGUAAUUUUAUUUUUCCAAGACUUGUAGCCUAUUAUUAUGUUUAUAAUAAAUGAAGUACAUUGUAAUGAUAGUAAUAAUAAUGUUUGUUUGCACUCAGCGAAAAUGAAUGGUUCCCUGAUGAAGAAAUUUUGUUGAUUUUCCAUUCUUUUUACACUUCUGUACUAUGAAUAUUUUUUUAAGAAUAUAAUGAUUGUGAUAUUGAUUAGUGAUUGAUAUUUGGCUAGAGUAUGAUAUCAGUAAAAACAAGUGAAACAGGUGAACAGCUGAUAUCAGCAGCCGAGGUGAAAAAAUAUGAAGACGUUGAGUAUAGUAUAUAGCAUAUUAUAUAAGAGUAUAAGUACAGUGGUGGGAAACAUGAAGAAUCAUGUCCAAGUAGCAAAUGGGAACAUGAUAGGAUGGCUGUGGCGGAAGUAUGAAGAUGUGAAGACUGUCAUUGAGAAUAUGAAGGGUAAUGGUGAGGAUGAAGAAGAGGUUGUCAAGAAGGUUUUAUUAAUAACCUAUCAUUUUUCUGUUAAUUGAUCUAAAUCUUUGUUAAUCUUUAAUUUUUAAUAUUUUUAUUUUUCCAAGACUUGUAUCAUGUUUAUAAUUAUGAAGUGCAUUGUAAUGAUAAUGAGUUAUUGAUCUUUAGUUACAUUAUGAUGUCAGCCAGAACAGGCAGUCUCUAACGAAAUAGAUCAGAUACUACAUUUAUGUUUAUAUUUCAUUUUCAGGCUUAUGUAAGUUUAAUAUGUAGAAUUUCUCAAGAUUGUGUUACCAUUGGGUGCGUUGGUUUGUACACUUCAACCUUUGAAAAAUAAAGAUUAUCUUUCUAUUUGUUCAAUAAAGGAUUUGUGAAUUUGUCAUUUAA